UUUUGUUCCAUGAUUAAGAUUCGAACAUUGCUUGACCAACACGAAGUCAUAAACUGUCUACUCUCUCUCUCUUCCUCCGUCUGUCAUCUCCGCUUUCACCUGUUUGCAAUCAAUGGCCGGUGAAUCUGAUGUGCCCGAAAACAACCUCUUUUGUGUUAACUGUGCCAAACCCGCCAAUCUUCAGUGCCCAAAAUGCAUGGAAUUGAAGCUUCCUCGUGCAGGUUCUGCCUUCUGCUCUCAGGAAUGUUUCAAGUCUUCAUGGAGCUCGCACAAAUCAGUGCAUCUGAAGGCAAAACUAUCCUCACCUGACACACAAAAUUCAGGCUCACUCAGUGAAGGUUGGUUAUAUUGUUUGAAGAGUGGGCAGGCUCGGACACAGAAGCUUCCUUACUUUGAUUGGACUGGAUCGCUGCGGCCAUCUCCCAUUUCUAGUAAACGGAUUGUCCCAGAUCAUAUUGAUAAACCUGAUUGGGCUGAUGAUGGAAUUCCAAAAAUUGAGCCCAAUAGUGUUCUGCAGUAUACCGUUGAGGUCAAAACUCCAGAUCAAAUCGAGAGAAUGAGGGAAACUUGUCAUAUUGCAAGGGAGGUGUUGGAUGCAGCUGCUAGGAUUAUUCAGCCUGGUGUGACGACUGAUGAGAUUGAUAGAGUUGUUCAUGAGGCAACUAUUGCUGCAGGAGGGUAUCCAUCACCUCUCAAUUACAACUUCUUCCCUAAAUCUUGCUGCACGUCGGUUAAUGAAGUAAUCUGCCAUGGAAUUCCUGACGCAAGGAAGCUUGAGGAUGGUGACAUUGUAAAUGUUGAUGUCUCUGUGUACUAUAAAGGUGUUCAUGCUGAUCUCAAUGAAACAUACUUUGUGGGAAACGUUAAUGAAGAGUCUUGCCAAUUAGUAAAAUGCACAUAUGAGUGCCUGGAGAAGGCAAUAUCCAUCGUUAAACCUGGGGUACGAUUCCGGGAGAUUGGUGAAGUUAUUAGUCGUCAUGCUUCAAUGUCUGGCUUCUCAGUGGCAAGAUCAUAUUGUGGUCAUGGAAUUGGAGAGCUCUUCCAUUGCGCACCAAACAUUCCUCAUUAUGCAAGAAAUAAAGCAGUUGGUGUGAUGAAGGCUGGACAGACCUUUACAAUUGAACCAAUGAUCAAUGCUGGUGUCUGGCGUGAUAGAAUGUGGCCUGAUGGAUGGACUGAUGUUACAGCCGAUGGUAAACGAAGUGCUCAAUUUGAGCAUACUCUUCUGGUGACAGAUACUGGUGUUGAAGUUUUAACAGGGAGAUUACAGACAUCACCCAAUGUUUUUCCUUGGCUGAAUUCAUAAUUGGGUGAAUCAAUAUGGAGACAGAUGUUGCCAUUUUCUAAAAUUACCAUAAAUUAACUGGGCAGCAUUUAUUUGCUGUUUCUGUGGUUUCCUUUUUUGGGUAUCAUGUUUGUAAGUUAUGAAAAAGAUAAAAGUAAAUAAAACAUAAGCAAAAUUUAAUUGAGUUGAGGUGAAAAGUGUGAUCAAUGACAUUUUUGUGCAAUUUAAGAAAAGAUCAAUUGUAACAAUUUUGACU